CGGGACGCCGGGAGGCGAUUUGGUGCCCACCGGGACGCCGGGGAGCCGCCCGCCGAGGGGUCGCGGAGCCUUGGAGGAGCGGAGGAGGCGGAGGAGGAGGAGGAGGAGAAGGAGGAGGAGGAGGCGAGCGGGGCUCCGAUUUAUCGGGCGCUGGGGCUGCCCGCAGAAGAGGACCUUUUCCACAAGAGCCUGGCCGCCUCGGCCAAGCGUAUGGAGUCGGCUUUCCGUUCCCCCCCGGGGCUCGACCUCUCCCACCACCCCCGCGACCGUCAGCCUUCUCCCCUCGCCUGCUACGAGGCGGCGGAGCCCGAGGGGCUGCUACAACCCGGCGGCGGCGGCGGCGUGGUGGUCGGCGGCGACCCGCUGUCCCUGCCGCCGGGCUCCGUCUGCGUCAAGUACGGCGAGAGCGCCAGCCGCAGCUCGGUGGCGGAGAGCAGCGGCGGAGAGCAGAGCCCCGACGACGACAGCGACGGCCGCUGCGAGCUGGUGCUGCGCGGAGGAACCGGGGGGGACCCCCGAGUCUCUUCGCCGGCGGCGGGAGGAGGUGGUGGCGGGGGGGGAGGCGGNNNNGGGGGGGGAGGCGGAGGCGGCGGCGGGGGGUUGAAGGCGACCGAAGGCGGCUGCUCCAACAGCCACGGGCACGGCGGGAGCAAGAAGUCGAAGGAGCAGAAGGCUCUGCGCCUCAACAUCAACGCCCGGGAGCGGCGGAGGAUGCACGACCUGAACGACGCGCUGGACGAGCUGCGGGCGGUCAUCCCUUACGCGCACAGCCCUUCCGUGAGGAAGCUCUCCAAGAUCGCCACGCUCCUCCUGGCCAAGAACUACAUCCUGAUGCAGGCGCAGGCCCUGGAGGAGAUGAGGCGCUUGGUGGCUUAUCUCAACCAAGGCCAAGCCAUCUCCGCCGCUUCUUUACCCAGCUCCGCCGCGGCGGCGGCGGCGGCGGCGGCCGCCCUUCAUCCCGCCCUCGGCGCCUACGAGCAAGCGGCCGGUUACCCCUUCAGCGCCGGCCUCCCCCCCGCCACCUCCUGCCCGGAGAAAUGUGCCAUUUUCAACAGCGUCUCCUCCAGCCUCUGCAAACAGUGCACGGAGAAGCCUUAAGCCCCCCUUCCCGCCUCUUCCUCCUCCUCCUCAUCCUCCGCCGCCGCCGCGGUCCCGGGGAGAGGCGACGGCCGGUGGUCCCGAGCGGGGAUGGCGGGGGGGACGGAGGGACUGAGCGCUGCCCGGUCCCCGCUUCCCUCCUCCCGGGUUUUCCUCACCUCCUCCUCCUCAUCCUCCUUCUUCUCCUCGGGUUUUGCCGGGACGGGACGGCGGCGGGGCCGUGGGUGCCGCGGGGAGGAAACCCCCCCCGGUGCUUGGGGAGGAAAAGGGGGGGAACGGGGGGUGUGUGUGGGGGUGUCACUCUCCCCGGGCAACCGGACAAAGGAGAGGGCGAGAAAUAGCAGGAGGGGAGAAAGGGGAACGGAGAGAGACCCCCACCCGGUCCCCGGUCCCGGCGAGGGGAAGGGGCCGCAGCGCCCCAAGGCGAGGAGGUGAACGGGACAAAUCAGAGAGGGCACUUGAAUAUAGAGAUUUGAUUUUUUUUUUUUUAAUUAUUACUAGUAUUAUGAUGAUGAUGAUGAUGAUGAUUCUGAGCCAGGAAACGAACAAACUUGAAAUGUCAACUUCUUCUUAUAAGCGACUCGCAGAAACAAAGAGACCGGAUGGACCGUUGCUAGGGAAGAACUUUGGAUUUUUUUUUUUUUUUUUUUUUUA